AUGCUCCGUGGCGCCCGCAGCGCGGCCUCCGGGGACCCGGCGGGGACGGGGCGCCGCCUGCGGGAGGCCGCCGCGGCCGGCGGCUCAGCUCGGGCUUGGGCUCGGAGGGGCAGCAGCGGGAGGCCGCUCGGGCCGGGCCGGGACGCGCUGACCGCGCCCCCUCCGCAGCUCGAGCCGUACAUGGACGAGAGCUUCGUGUCCAGAGCCUUCGCCACCAUGGGGGAGACCGUGAUGAGCGUCAAGAUCAUCCGGAACCGUCUCACCGGGAUCCCAGCUGGCUACUGCUUUGUAGAGUUCGCAGACUUGGCCACAGCUGAGAAGUGUUUGCAUAAAAUUAAUGGGAAACCGCUUCCAGGAGCCACACCUGCAAAACGUUUUAAGCUGAACUAUGCCACUUAUGGGAAACAGCCGGAUAACAGCCCAGAGUACUCGCUCUUCGUGGGGGACCUGACCCCCGACGUGGACGACGGCGUGCUGUACGAGUUCUUCGUCAAGGUCUACCCCUCCUGCCGGGGAGGCAAGGUGGUUCUGGACCCGGCAGGCGUGUCUAAGGGUUAUGGAUUUGUGAAAUUUACAGACGAACUGGAACAGAAGCGAGCCCUGACGGAGUGCCAGGGGGCAGUAGGUCUGGGGUCCAAGCCCGUGCGGCUGAGCGUGGCCAUCCCCAAAGCGAGCCGCGUGAAGCCGGUGGAGUACAGCCAGAUGUACAGCUACAGCUACAGCCAGUACUACCAGCACUGCCAGAGCUACUACGCACAGUGGGGCUACGACCAGAACACCGGCAGCUACAGCUACAGCUACCCGCAGUACGGCUACACGCAGAGCACCAUGCAGACAUAUGAAGAAGUUGGGGACGAUGCUCUGGAAGACCCCAUGCCGCAGCUGGAUGUGACGGAAGCCAACCAGGGCUUCAUGGAGCAGAGUGAAGAGCUGUACGACGCACUGAUGGACUGCCACUGGCAGCCCCUGGACACCGUGUCCUCCCCAAUCCCAGCCAUGAUGUAGCAGGGGCAGGACAUGGAGGGACAAACUUUGAGUUUUUAAAUUUUGUAAGGACUUUUACCUUUUAAAUGAUUUGAAAGAUUUUAA